AAGCUUGAACGCUGUCACUCCCCAUAUCCGGUACCCUUCAACAAGGCGAUAAACGCAAGCGCAUACUUCAAAGUGUGAACAAACGUCACAACAGCUUUUCCUUCCCUGGACGGGUAUUCUCGCAUCCAUCCGUGUCAGCCGCAGCUCCGAACAGAACGGUGGCCAUGUCGUCCGCCAUCACUCAAACCGUGCGGAUAGUCAUGAUCGCGCAAUUCGCCGCCAUGGCCACAGCACAAAUGCAACUCGCAAAACGCGACAAGCACACUCUCGGCCUAGCAUUCGGGCUCAGCGCCGGCGUUGGCGCUGCUGGCAUGCUGGCUCUUAUCCUCAUCAUCUAUUGUCUUCGGCAGCGUCGAAAGCGGAGAAGGGCGGCUGGGUUGGAACCGGAGGAGGAGAUGGGGGAUUGGUGUACCUGUAAAGAUUGUUCCGGGUGUAAGAGGAAGAGAGGUGGUGGAGAUGGGAGUCAGAGUUGUUGGAAGUGUAGGCAAGGAUGUGCAACGUGAUGGAAUGUUAUGGUAGGUCAGAGGGGUCGAGAUGUACAGUGAAUGCGUAGAGCAACAGAGUAUUAGAAAUCGUAAUUUCAUUGGGGCAUGGGAAUUGCACUCUUGGAAUAAGUAAAGACGGGUAGAAGAGAAGGGACAUAGACCAUGAACUAAAGGUUCAAUUUCAGGCUGGUUACAUUUUGUAUUAAUGAAUGA